AUGCCAUCCUAUUCAACCACGCCGUUGUUCUCCAUCCAAGAGGUCGCUGGCGGCGAAGAAUCCAGGUCCCAGUCUCGCGUUCAUUCACUGGUUCAUCCUUCGGAGAUUUACGAAGGUCAGUUGGCCAAUUCCCAAAGCUUUGGUACCUUGUCAAUGGCCUCGUCUUCAAAGUGUCCUCCUUCAACUGACACGUUGAAAGCGCAUCUCGAGGAGUUCAAGAACACGGAAGCUCGGUAUCUCGAAGAACUUAAGGUGCUUCUCGUGGUAUUCGACUCUUUUGAUCCCUGCUUUGAUAACUAUUUUGAUUGUUCAAACCAGGAUGGUAAUCCGGAUCUCAUAAAGAUGCGUCAGCAACAGAAUUCAGACCUCAUCAAAUUGGUAUCCAAACUAUUAAAGCACCACACGAACCUUGUCAAUGGGAUUUUAAGUUCAAGCUCUUCCGACGUCGGUCUCAUCCUUCUAAGAAUUAGCGAAUGGUCAUUGAGUGUUCAUUCCUUGUAUGCCGACUAUGUUGCUAGUUAUCGUUUAGACUUGGACACUGCAAAGACUGAGAUCACUCUCAGGCGUACUCCGUUACUUGAAAUCCGUAAAAUUUCUCAAUUACUUGAUUCUCUGAAACGGAACAUCUACUGUCUGGAUGCUCAGCCUCAGAUCAGACUUCAGGAUCUCAUCUCUAAUCUAGAGCUCAGUUCUCAACGUUUCCAAAGAACUUUGGACAAAUCCUACAAUAAGGAUCAAUCUGAAAGAGUGAGGGUGUUAUCUAAUGUCAACUUCAGCUCCGUUAAAUCUUUCACUACUCUUUCUUCUGUUUGUUCUCAUUUUGAGGCAGGUUCUCUGGAGGCUAUAUUUACCUCUGAGCUGUUCUACAAAAAUGAUAAGCUUAAUACUGCUGUGAACUUUCAGAAAGCUGAGUUGAUGUUUCUCAAAUCAUCUACUUCCACUAAUCUUGCUUUGGUUAAAAUAGAAGACCAAUGCAGAAGCCUUCUAUUUCCUCCAUUCAGGCAUGGCGAACUUGAGUUUGAUGAAGAGGUUGAGCCCUCGGUGCUUCUACUAAAACAUUGUCUUUUGAAGAAGAUCGAGUUGUAUGUCAGCAUUACUGAGAAGGACCCUCAGCGUAUUCACGAAGUUACUACCAGAUUGAAGGAAAUGUUCCCCAAGAAAAAGUCUGACCGAACAAGUAUGGUGCUCUCUGAACCUGAUUCUUUCGGAAUUAUGAAUGCUGUGAAGAAGUCAGAGACGAAGGGAGUUCAAAAAUCUUACAGGCCAGUUGCAAAAUCAAUGAAGUGUUUGAAACCUUCUGGAAAGGAAAAUAUCACUCAACAGCCAGCCAAGCCUACUUUGAUUGUCAAUCCUGUUACAGACUCCUGGUCAUUUGCCACACAUUUGAAGAAAUGCCGGGUGAAUAUAUCGAGAUCCGUUGCUUCUUCAGUCGCUUCCCAAAGUGUUGAUUCGUUUAAACUAGAUCCGGAGACGUUGGCAAAGAAGGAGGAAGAUGAACCAAUGCUUGACGAUCCAAUUGAGCUUCAGGAAUCAACUGACCCACAGAAAGAUUCCAAGACUCUGAACGAUAAGCGCUAUCAACAAGUCGACUCCAAGCAUCAAAGUACUAUUCUUAGUAGUAUUAGCAAUGACGACUUGACCCGUAAUUUGCUGAGAAGCGUGAUUGAGGAAGACUCAUCCUCUUCCGAAGUUUCUUCCGUGUCCUAUAGCAUAGAUAUGACUCAGCCAAUGGAGGAGGGACAACAUUAUCUUUCUAGAGAGGAUGUCAGGGUUAAGGUGAGCACAGAAAAGGAUAUUUGUGCACCAAUUGAUACUGUUGGAGCCAAGUCUCCGGAGAAGCAAGAAAUAAUUGAUGAAUCUGCGGCUGAGCAGCUCGUAUCAUCUCCACAAGCUUCAGAGGCUGAAUCAUCCCACCAAACUAAGAAGUAUAAACAACCCGCCGAAAGUUCUGCUUCUAGUUCCUCUGAGAGGCGCUCUCUCAAUACAUUUGAUCCUCAGAAGUUUGCCAAGACCUAUGAAAAUGCCAUCCUCGAGACUACAUCUAGAAAGAAGAAGCUUUCGUUUUUCAAUAUGCUUGGAGGUAUUGUCGGUAGAAAGCAUGAUUUAAAAAGAAAGGCCGUCUCAAGGGGAGAGUCAAAUUCAAAAUCAUCGCUCAUAUCUUCUGCCACUGCCAUGCCAGCACUUUCUGGCAAACAAAUUCAAUCCAUCAUCAGCUCAUCUAGCCAAACAUAUCUUCAAGAUGUCAAAUUCUUGCUUUGGAAGAACAGCCGAUGGACUAGAGCUGAACUAGUCAAAAUGAAGUGGAUCCAUACCCGAAGCCAGGAGAAAUACCUGGUUGGUUAUUUAUUAAAGGGACCAAAUAAGGACUGUGUGGGAUUUCUAUGCAAGUUUACUGAGAAUACGGUGGUGAAAAGAUCUGGACCCUUCGCUAUUCAGAUCAAGACUGUGGACUAUACCAACAAGUCCGUCAUGUUGUUGAUUAGAACUUUUUCCGAAGAAAAUGCGCUUAGGUUACUGGAGAUAUUCCACAACGAAAGAAAGGGAGAGAUCUCUAACUCUUCUUCCCAGCAGUCGGAUCUCAGUUUUGUAUCCCAGGCUUCCUCUCAGACUUCUGUCUCUGAGGUCUCUUCGAAUCUUGCUUCACUUCUUCCGCCUCCUCCAAAGUUCAGUCUUUCCAGCUUGAACGCUUCUGCUAGUACAUCUAGUCCAUCUACCGUCUCGUCGUCAUUAUUGAACCAUACAACUUUGAGCAGCGAUGAUGGUAGCUAUGAAAAGGUUUGUACUGAUGACCCAAGCGCUUCCCUCAAGCGUAGAGAUAACUCUAGAUUGAUUUACCAUAAUGUAGUUCAGCUUUUCCAGUUUCAUUGUGAUAAUCGGCUGAAAUCAUUUGGUAAGGCUAUCUUUAGAGUGGGGGACUUCGGAUCUAUUAGAGAAAAGCAAUACCUAAUUAGAAAUCUCCAAGUUUCCCUGGACAUUGAUUUGCCUGCAACGGCAUUUACGCUGUUGGAUGAGAAGAGAGUCAUGAUGGAUGUUUCGAAGUCACACCAGACACAAGGAUCUUACGUUGUCUUAUUCGAAAAAGCGUUAGAUGCUGAAGACUUCUGGGAGGUAAUUAGAAACUAG